AAGACCCUUGUCACACACUUUAUAAUGGCAGUUGUAUUUUCAAACCAAUCAAUUCAUAUCAAGAGCUUUCAGAGACAGCACCUUUCAAAAGUACAAUGCAGGUAUACGUGGUGUUUGUAAUCGCGAUGGAAAUUGCGAUGCGCAUGUCAGCUUACGGCAUUUCCAAUGACAAGAAAAGAUUGGUUCUACACAGCGACGAGGAUACGGCGGCUGAAUUGAUACACCUGAAACAGCUUGUUCAAGGUCUGAUGAACCGUCCUCAGGCAGGCGGUGGAUCGACCUACAUCCGAUGGGGACGAACUACGUGCGACGGAACCAAUGCUACAUUGGUUUAUGCAGGAUACAUGGGUGGAAGUAACUAUAAUAGUAUUGGCAAUAGUGCUGGAGGGAACUACUUGUGCUUAUCGAGCUCGCCGCAGUGGGACUACUCCACAACAACUGUGGAAAACAGUAUAUUUAUUACCGGUGUUGAAUAUAGGUUCGCUCCACAUCAAGACAGUGAUCUAGCUACAUUUCUUGGUCAAAAUCUGAAUGGAAUACAAGCCCCAUGCGCCGUGUGUCUCCUUCCAUCGGCAACGUCACUCAUGAUUCCUGGAAGGACGGACUGCUAUACUGGCUGGAACAAAGAAUACAGCGGCUACAUUGUGACCGGAUAUCCUGGAGAAGCCCAUGCGACAGAGUAUGUCUGUCUUGAUCGUCGACCAGAGGCAAUUGUCAGUACCGGAAAUCGAGAGGCCAUUAACCAGAUGUACUUUGUCGAAGCACACUGUCAGUCAGGACUCGAAUGCCCUCCAUACGAAAAUGGGCGAGAAUUGGCAUGCGUUGUUUGUUCAAUCGCAAUCUAUUGAAUUCAAUUACACAGUUUGACAAUAA